AUGGUUUCCACAACCAGCAAAUCGGAUUCGAAGCACGAGGAGAGACAAACCCUAAACUCGAAAACCCCUAAAAAUCUCUACCAAAUCGGAGGACUUCAAGUCGAAUUCCCUUAUCAGCCGUACGGGACCCAGCUAGCGUUCAUGAGCCGGGUCAUUUCUACGCUCGAUCGCGCCCAGAGAGACGGUCACUGCCACGCGCUGCUCGAGUCUCCCACCGGUACGGGGAAAUCUCUGUCCUUGCUCUGCUCGGUUCUCGCUUGGCAGCAGAACUAUAAAUCGCGGCUUCUCAAAGGGAAUUUGUCUCAUUCGAAACCUGCGCCGGAAGCAGCCACCGAUCCAUUGAAUCAUGGAGGCGGAUUCAUACCGGAAACCCAACCCUCAGAUACUCCUUUACCUAGCAAUGCGGAGGCAACUAAGAAAAGAGCCAAAAUUCCUACGAUAUACUAUGCUUCACGAACUCAUUCUCAGAUAACUCAAGUAAUUCGUGAGUAUCGGAAAACUGGUUACAGAGUUCCCAUGGCCGUAUUGGCUUCACGGAAACAUUACUGCACUAAUCGUCAUGUUCAUGGGAAAGACAAUGUAGAUGAAGAAUGUCGGUUGCUCCUAAAAGAUAAGGGAAACAUACAAUGUUCUGAGUUCAAGAACGUUAGUAAAAUCACAGCUCAUCCAUCACUUCAGCCAAGAGGUCACAAUGAGGUUCACGAUAUUGAGGAUCUUGUAAAAGUUGGAAAAAAUGUUAGAGGGUGUCCUUAUUAUGCUUCCUGGACAAUGGCGGAGAAUGCACAGUUGAUUUUUUGCCCUUAUUCCUAUAUAGUCAAUCCUGUCAUUCGAGCAGGAGUUGAAGUAGAUCUGAAAGGAGCGAUCAUUAUCUUUGAUGAAGCACACAAUAUGGAAGACAUUGCUCGUGAAGCAGGAAGCAUUAACUUGGAAGAAGAUACUCUUUUUAAACUUCAGAAUGAACUAGAACAGAUGAGUGUGGGGCAGCCAAUGAUAUAUCAACCCUUGUGUGAAGUAAUAGAGGGAUUGAUAAGCUGGAUUGGAAGAAAAAAGGAUUCGCUAGCAAAACGUGAUUUCCAGCACUAUUUCUCUAGCUGGACCGGAGACAAAGCUUUAAGAGAACUUGAGGAAUCUAAUAUCAGUCGAGAAUGCUUCCCAAUCUUAUUGGAAUGCUUUACAAAGGCGAUCAGAACAUCAAAGGAAGCAGAAAUGGAACCAGAUAUGCCUCAUUUGAGCGGGAUAUCUGUCUUGACAUUAGAAGAAUUGUUCGCUUCACUUACAUACUUCUUUUCAAGAAAUGGAAUUCACAUCUUAGAUUACCAACUGGGUUUACAACGCUCUACUAAAAGAGGAGACUCUUCUGGUACCUGGACGCAUACUUUCAGUUUGUGGUGCAUGAAUCCGUCUGUUGUUUUCAAAGACCUAGCUGAGCUUUCUUUAUCCACCAUUUUAACAUCUGGGACUUUAUCACCGAUGAAUUCUUUCUCAUCUGAACUUGGGAUGCAGUUUGGCACUAGUUUAGAGGCUCCACAUGUGAUUGAUGCGAAUCUGCAGGUGUGGGCUGGUGCAAUCUCCAAUGGUCGUGGAAAUAAUCCUCUAAAUGCAAGUUAUAAAACAGCUGAUACCUUGACGUUCCAGGAUGCUCUAGGGAAAUCGUUGGAAGAAAUAUGCUCUAUUGUACCAGGUGGCUCUCUUAUAUUCUUUCCAAGCUAUAAGUUGAUGGAAAAACUCUGCACUCGUUGGCGUGAAACGGGACAAUGGUCUCGACUGUGCUUGAAAAAGGACCUUUAUGUUGAACCAAGAGGAGGAGCCCAGGAAGAAUUCGAUUCUGUUCUGAAGGAUUAUUAUGAUUCUAUACGUGGAAAGAUCAGAUUGAUCGGAAGGAAUAGAAGAGUUAAGAAAACAGGGACUGUUAAAACUGAGACUCAAAAUGAUUUCAAGAAAGGCGCUGCAUUUCUUGCAGUAUUUAGAGGAAAGGUUUCAGAAGGGAUUGACUUUUCUGAUGACAACGCCAGGGCAGUGAUAGUUGUUGGCAUUCCAUUUCCAAACUUGCAUGAUCUUCAAGUCGGACUAAAGAAAAAAUAUAAUGAUACGUACAAAUCAUCUAAAAACCUUCUUGGAGGGAGUGACUGGUAUUGCCAACAGGCGUAUCGUGCUUUAAAUCAAGCUGCAGGGCGAUGUAUCCGGCAUAGGUUUGAUUAUGGUGCCAUCAUAUUUUUGGAUGAACGAUACAGAGAACAAAGGAACACAGCAUCUAUUUCAAAGUGGCUAAGGCAGUCUAUCAAACAGUACGAUAAUUUUGAAGAAUCUAUGGAAGGGUUAAGAUCUUUUUUCAACACUGUCAAGGAGCAAGUUGACAGUAAGAUGUUAGGGUCCCCGGAUUAUACUGUUGAGCAAAACAUUUCCUCGGAAAACCCAAGCAACGAAUGCAAAAGGAAGGAAAAUCAUAUUCAGAACAAAUCUAGUCAUGCGGAACCAAAAGAUAUCUCGUCUAUGAAAGUGGAGGACUAUACAAGUUUGAAUCCAGAAUAUUCUUUUACGCACGAAAGCAAGGCCUUUUUGGAUCACAAAGACUGGAAACCAAAAACAGCUGAAGGUUCCAGAUUCAUCCAGAACUAUGGAACCUCCAUUUCACGGUUAUCAUCUCCACCCGCUCAGACAUUCAUUCAAGUUAAAGAGGAGUCUAAAUCCUACAAAGAAGUCAUUGACCUCGAGUGCGGUGUCCAACCUGAGCCUGGGUGUUGCGAGGUGUCAUCAGUGACCAACUGUGAUGAAGAUCCAGAAACAUCUUUUGUCAAGGAAACCUCGAAGAAUGGUAUUUCAGCAGCCAGUUCAUAUUCUUUCUCGAAGAAUGAAAGCUCUAGCCCAGUAAUAAUGGGACUGAGACCUCCUGAUCAAUUAUUAAAGCAGCAUAUAUCUACUCCAGAUUUCAGAAAAUCUCCUUUCAGGGCCGAGUCGUCUGUAAUAGCAACUCCUGAGAGAUAUGCCAUUGGUGAAACCCAUGAUUUGACUCCAGAAGCUGCUUCAUCUUUUGACGUGAGUGUUAAUUCCCAUGCCUUGAAGAGAAGAAAGUUUACAAGCUCUCCGGUCAUUGACCUUGAAGAAGAAAACAAUGAUGAUCCCAAUACUAGACCUUCGGAUCACACGAGUUUAACAAGAAGAAUCGAAUUUGGGUUUGGAAGUACCGAACCAAGAUCUCAAAACCACAACAUAUAUGCUUUUCCAGAAGGGAAUCAGAAAGUGCAGAUAUCUUGUUCGCUCUGCAAAAGUUCAUUAGGUCACCCUGAGAACCAGUCAUAUCUCAGUUGCUUGUUCACUUCGUCGUCCAAAACCUAUCUGCUGUCUCUUCUGAAAGAAACAUCAGGAAGUGAUGCUGCAGAAAGACCAACACGUGUUUCAAUUAUCAUGACAGAUUGCUCAAUGGUUAAUCAGAGACUCUGCAGAAGCUUUGAAGGCUCCAAAGGUCAGGGUGUUUGGUGCGAGCAAGAUGGUUGUGUUUUCAAUACAAUCUUUUGCCCUUUCUGCAGUAUCCCAAAUACUUGUCUCGGCGUGCAAGUCAUGGCUACUGAUUCAUCAAAUGUCCAGUUUCUGAGCAAAAUAUUGUUCUUUGCUGAUCAUCUUGAGGUCUUUGAUGAUGCUGCAAGCAAGGAAACUGCAUUAAAGCACAAGGAAUCUCUUGAUGCCACCAAUACAGCUGUGGAUAAGAGUGAUAUGUUCAAGUCAAUAGAGAGAUUUACAUACUCUGCAAAGCAGCAGCAAGAUUCAGGAGGCUGGAGGACUACAAAAUCAAAGUUGAGACUACCAAAACGUAGUUUGCCAACAAGCAAGAAGGCCUAG